AAAGAAAUGCCACAACGAGGAAGAACUAGGAGCACCUUCAUCAAAAUUUGACAAAGCAAAUGACUCUGCAGCACUCUUUGAGUGGAAGUUUGCAUUGGCAGGCUAUGGGUGUGGACUGGUAUUGGGACUUAGUCUAGGAUACAUUGUGUUCACAACAGCAAAACGAUGGUAGGUGGUGAAGAAGGUGGAGAAAUAUCAAGAGAAAUUUGUUGGAAGAUGGAUCUGCAGGCGUAAGAAGAGAAAAACCCAAAACCCCAACCAACGCUCUUCGAUGAAUAACUUCCAUGGUACAAUCCCCAAUUCAUUUGUUAACAGCUAUGAGUUGAGAACUCUUCGCCUAAAUGGCAACCAGUUGGAAAGGAGGCUGCCACCAUCUUUAGUUAAUUGUAGUUCCUUGGAAGUUCUAGAUGAUUUCAUAAUUGUUGAUUUCUUGAGCAAUCAAUUUCACGAACUGAUUCCUAAAGAGUUGGGAGAACUCAAUUCACUUCAUUUGCUAAGCUUUUCUCAAAACAGUCUCACUGGUGAAAUUCCAUCAUCAUUAGGGAAAAUGACAGAACUUGAAUCACUGGAUCUCUCGUCAAACAAGCUUGAAGGCAGGAUUCCUGAGCAGUUGACAAACCUAACAUUCCUAAAUGUUACAACACCAGAAGUACCUCCCUCAAAAUUUGAUGAAAAAAAUGACACUGCAGCUUUCUUCGAUUGGAAGUUUGUAUUAUCGGGUUAUGGUUGCGGACUGGUGUUCGGACUUAGCCUUGGAUACAUUAUGUUCAAAACAGGAAAACCAUGGUGGCUAGUGAAGAUGGUAGAGAUAUAUCGACAGAGAUUUGUUGAUAGAGGCAGACAUAAGAAGAGAAAGAACGCCAACAUCCCACCGACGAUGUGAGGAGUGUUUUUUUUUUUUUUCACUGUAAAAACCAAUGUAAAUAAUAGUAAUUAAUUUUU